ACAUUUUAUAGUUCUAUGCUGAUAAAUAUAUCUAACCUGUUAUUUUGAGAUAAAGAAUUUUGUUUUUGUUUGUUUAUGUUUGUUUAUUUCAAUCUGUGGUUUGUUUAAUUUUCAUAUUCAAUUUAUGAAUUCACAAAGAAACUUGUCUGUCAUUUAAAAUUAUGUUAUGAAGUUAAAAUCCAUUGUUAACAAUUUGAUAUAAAAUAGGUCACAUACAAAAGUGUAAACCUGUAGAAAACUUGUGAAGAAGUAUUAUUAUCAGUAAGUAAAUAUAACCUGAACCGAGUCAAACUGUCUACAUACAAUGACUGUAUUACGACAAAAAGUGGAUGUGUUAACAAAUCAGUCACAAGAGAUUUAUAAAUUGCUGAAGAAAAAAUUAAUAUCCAAGGAAUAUGCGAAUUAUCAGUUCAUGCAAAAAAGCCAAAUACCUACAAUGCACUUUCAAAGAUCUUUACCUCGUUUACCAAUACCUGCCUUAGAUCUAACAUGUAAACGCUAUUUAGCAGCACAGAAGCCUCUUCUUAUUGAUGAAGCAUACAGAAAAACGGAGAGCAAUGUAGAACAAUUUAUAAAUACUUCUGGGAAACAUCUUCAAGAACUGUUAAAAAAUUAUGAUAGAUUGAAUAAGCAUUCUAGUUACAUAUCAGAAUUUUGGUCAGAUAGUUACUUACGAGACCGCAAACCCAUACCUAUAAAUUAUAAUCCAAUGUUAGUUGUCCAUAAAGAUGAAAGACCAGCUUAUAAUAAUCAACUUAUUAGAAGUGCCAACAUGAUAAUAAGUUCAUUAAGAUUUUACAAAUCAUUGAAAGCAGACAUUCUAGAGCCUGAAGUAUAUCAUCUUAACCCAAAGAAAAGUGACACAGAAAGAUUUAGAAACAUUUGUAGUAAAUUACCUCCAGCAAUAUCCUGGUAUGGGGCGUAUCUAUUCAAAGCAUAUCCUCUAGAUAUGAGUCAAUAUCCAAAUUUGUUCAACACUACUAGGAUUCCAGAAAUUGACAAAGACAGGCUUAUUCACAAUCCAGCUGGAAAACAUAUUACAGUACAGUACAAAGGUCACUUUUAUGCUUUUAGGGUUCUUACUAAUAAUAAUGAUAUUAUACCAGCAAAACAGAUUUUAGCAAGAUUGAAGUAUAUUUUAGAAGACCCUAUUCCUAAAUGUGAGUUACCAAUUGGCAUUUUAACAACCUUGGAAAGGAAUAAGUGGGCUAGCCUAAGACAUGAAUUAGAAUCAAAUGGAAAUGACCAGUGCUUGAAAUAUAUUGAUUCUGCUCUAUUUAAUGUUUGCCUUGAUUCUGAGGAUUUAGGGGAAGAUCCCUAUGGUAUAGUAAGAAACUUUUUACAUGGAGAUGGAGAAAAUAGAUGGUUUGAUAAAUCGUUUUCACUUCAAAUUUCCAAAGAUGGACAAGCUGCAGUUAAUUUUGAACAUGCUUGGGGUGAUGGGGUAGCAGUUUUAAGAUAUAUUCAAGAUGUCUUCACUGAUUCAAGAGAGAAUCCAUUUAUUUCUCCAGACACUGAUCCUUAUGAUGAUAAUAUUUCAAAUGUGAUACGUCUAGAUGUCCACCUCAAUGAUAAAAUCAAAUCUAGUAUUCAAGAAGCUAAAAACGAAUAUAAAAGCACUUGCAAAAGUCUUGAUAUAGAUUAUUUAAUAUUCAAUAGAAUUGGCAAAAAUGUCUGCAAAAAACAAGCAGUAAGUCCUGAUGCUAUAAUGCAAUUAGGCUUUCAAGUUGGAUAUUAUAGAAUGACUGGAAAAUUUGUUCCAACAUAUGAAUCAUGUAGUACAGCAGCUUUCAAGCAUGGUAGAACAGAAACUGUUAGGCCUUGCACCAAUGCCACAAAGGCAUUUGUUCUUGCAGUUACAUCAAAAUACAAACCCCCAGUGUCAGAAUUGAAAUAUCUGAUAUCAGAAUGUUCAAAAGUUCACAACCAAUUAACAAGAGAGGCUGCUAUGGGUCAAGGCUUUGAUAGACAUUUGUUUGCUCUGAAAAAAUUUGCAGAAAAAACAAAUAUGGCUUGUAACAUAUUUGAAGAUCCUGCCUAUGCCAUGUUGAAUCAUAUUAUUUUGUCUACAAGCACUCUAAAUUCUCCAGCUAUUUUUGCUGGAGGUUUUGGUCCGGUGGUUAAAAAUGGGUUAGGAGUGGGGUAUAUUAUUAAAGAUGAUGAACUAGGAGUAUUGGUAACCAGUUAUCCUCCUUACCAUCGCGGUUCCGAUUUUAUUGAUUCCUUAAGAGGAACUUUUGAUGAACUUGUAAAUCUUCUCCAAAAAGAUUGAAAAUUAUCAUGAAAAUGAGUUAAGUGUGCAUUGAAAUGGGCUUCCACUCAAAUAUUUUUAUAUAUCAUUACAACUUUUUUGAAGUUAAGCAUUUAAGAUUUUUUGAGAAGUUAAACUUUAAUUUUUGAUUUAAGUUAAUUAACAGAAUUUAAUAUGAUUGAAUUAAAUCAUAUAAUCUAUGUAUUGUUUCAAAUAUAUUUAUUCAAAUAGUAAAA